AUGGAUGGAGAAAGACCGAAAAAAAGAUGUGUGAGACAGGAUAUGAAUGAGAAAGGGGCAUUUGAAGAAGACGACGUCGAUGUUCCUGAACAAGAUGACUCCUGUCAGCAAAAGAAUGAAAGCUAUUCAGAUUACAGUUAUAUAACGCCGGACAUGGCGGAAGUAGGGGAAGCUUCCACACCAAAACAGUUUAAUUAUGAAGAAGAUAAAUUCAAAAGACAUUAUUCAGAGGUGGAUGAUGAAUACGAUGCUAUAGGUAUAAAUGUUGCAGCGAAGCUUAGAGGUUUGCCCCCAAAUAUGAGGAUAUUAGCAGAGAAACUAAUCAACGACGUCCUGUACCAAGCGCAGAUGAACGCCCUAAAUUCCUCCACUGUCAUAUCGACCCUUGAUCCAUUCAAA